GUAUAAGGUAUAAGUAGUACUUAAGUCAAGUGUAGAAUAACGUCCAUAAGCGCAAGUAUAUAUUUGGAAUUGAAGUUGAUAACUUUUCGAUUCGUAUCUUAUAUAUCUAACGAUAAACUUUAGAUUUCUCUUGCCGAGAAACUUAUCGGGAGAGAUGUCUACUGAAUUGGUUGAGGUUACAUCUAAAGAGAUAACCCGUGCAAUAUCGCAAGAUUCUGAAUAUGAUGACACUUUGGAAGUACCUGACUCAUUAGAAAUAACGAUUGAUGAGAAUGGAGAGACAAUACAAAUUAGUAAAGAAGAAAUAGAAUGCACGAAUAAUAAAGAAGAAACCCUUGAUAUAAUACCCUUCACUGUUAUACAUAAUCUACCAACAAAAUUCAAAAAUCAAAACUGUCAUGUGUUUAUACCUGGUGAAGAAGUGCAAGUAAGAAUUAUAGAUAAUGAACGCAGUGUGACCACGCAUCCUUUGAAUCCAAAUCUAUAUACUAUAGAAUUUAAACAUGGACCUUUUGUCUGGAUUAUUAAAAAGCGAUACAAACAUAUUCAGUACCUGCAUAAUCAAUUGAAAAUAUAUCGUGCCAGUUUGAACAUACCUUUCCCUAUAUAUAUAUAUAAAUCUUUAAAAAAUAUAAUUAGAUGUUUUUAUAGAUUUCCUAAUAAGCCUGACAUUCUAGUACCUUAUGAACAGUUAAAUCAUAGAAGAAAGGAAUUAGAAGAUUAUUUAUAUAAUUUACUUAAUAUAGAAAUCUACAGACGUCAUCCUGAAACUAUCAAUUUUUUGGAUAUUUCACGAUUGUCUUUCGUAGCUGAUUUAGGAAUGAAAGGGAAAGAAGGUACAAUUUUGAAACGGACUGGAUCAGGUGCUAAAACCAGAUGUAAUUUCUGUGGUUUAUUUGAAUGUGGCUUUUGUAUCAAGUGCAAUUAUCUAUGCACCUCUCUUUGUGGCAAAUGGCAUAAAAGACAUCUCAUUGUUAAGGAAACCUUUGUUGCAUAUCUUACUCAAGAUGGAAGAAUAAAAUCUGUUAUUUUAAUGGAUAAUGGUUUUGGGAUCAGUUUUGGAAUAUAUAGUACAGGUUCACGAAGUGGGAUACAGAUUGCAAAUCUGAGUAGGCACAUAGUUAUCAAGUGUUGGACGAAACGAAAAGCUAAGGAAUGGAUGGAGUUUAUACAGGAAAUUAGUAACAGCAAAGGUAAAGAUUUUAUACAAACAAAUCCACAUAAUUCAUUUGCUCCAUACCGUUCAUCUAUAUUCGCAACCUGGUUUGUGGACGGAGCCGAUUAUAUGGCUGCUGUGGCUGAUGCAUUAGAAAACGCCAAAGAGGAAAUUUUUAUUGCAGAUUGGUGGCUUUCACCAGAAAUUCAUAUGAAAAGACCAAUGCUUAAUGGAGAUCAUUGGCGACUAGAUAAAAUUUUACAAAGAAAAGCGUUUGAAGGUGUCAAAGUGUUCAUAUUAAUAUAUAAGGAAAUUGAAGUUGCUUUAGGCAUAAACAGUUACUACAGCAAACAAAGACUUGUGGAGCAAUGUCCUGAAAAUAUAAAAGUAUUAAGGCACCCAGAUCAUGCAAGGGCAGGCGUUUUUCUUUGGGCUCAUCAUGAAAAAAUCGUAGUUGUUGAUCAAUCUCUAGCGUUUCUCGGUGGUAUCGAUUUAUGUUAUGGUAGAUGGGAUAAUAGCGAACACAGAUUGAUAGAUUUAGAAUCCAUUCAUCAGUCAAGUAUCUAUAUUCCUUCGAAAGACAAGUUAACUAAUACUAGCAGUAAAAAAGUAUUAACAACCUUUAACACAGAUAGACACGUGUUACUACCACUAGCGAUCGCAACGAAUACUAUCGCUAUGGUAACCGCGAGAUCCAUGCCUCUGUUGCCAAUGAUAUAUAUGGAUAAUAAAAUACAGAAGGCUCAAACGUCAACGUUGCCAAUGGAUAAUUCACUUUUUAUGAUGCAAGAAACAGAAGAUAACAUAAAGUGUAAUACUCCUGAAUUACAAAGAAAAAAUUUAUUUGAUGUGGCGAAAACAACCGUCGAUAAAAUGAAAAACACUGUAAGAGUAAAGAGACAGGAAUUAAUUAAUAUGAUGUAUAGUUCUCAUGAAGCAGGCGCCAAUGAAGACAUCGACAACGAACAGGUACUAUCGGAAUGUGAAGAUACAGUGGAUUAUGUCUGCAAUUUAAAACCCACGACAAAAUUGUGGCUUGGUAAAGACUAUACAAAUUUCAUUGUUAAAGACUUUAAUGAUCUUGAAAAGCCAUAUCAGGAUCUAGUAGAUAGAACUACUACUCCUAGGAUGCCAUGGCAUGAUAUAGGAAUUUUAGUACAGAAUUCUGCUGCUAGAGAUGUAGCCAGGCAUUUUAUACAACGUUGGAAUGCUGUAAAACUAGAAAAAGCAAAUCUGAAUCCAUGUUAUCCUUAUUUAUUACCAAAAUCAUACAAGCACUGCAGGAGUUAUGCUCCAUUUAUCAAAGAAGCAAAUAAGUACAAUGUCAAGUGUCAAGUAUUACGAUCAGUGAGUUCUUGGUCAGCUGGUUUCCUUGACCCGGAAACCGUAGAGCAGAGUAUACAAGAAGCUUAUAUCCAUGCCAUCAAUAAAGCAGAAAGAUAUAUAUACAUAGAAAAUCAAUUUUUUAUAACACUUACCUCUAUGGAUAAAGGUAGUGUAAAAAAUCGAAUUGGUGAGACAUUAUUAAAAAGAAUCUUGAGAGCGCACAGAGAAGGCUCGGUGUUUAGGGUAUUUGUCGUAAUGCCUUUAUUGCCAGGUUUUGAAGGAGAAGUUGGGGGACCAAGCGGAACGGCGUUACGGGCGAUAACACAUUGGAAUUAUGCUUCUAUAUCGAGGGGAAAGGAUGCUAUUUUAAAUCAACUUAUAGAAGCAGGUAUAGAAGAUCCUAGUGAAUACAUUACGUUUCAUGGCUUGAGGACACAUUCCAUGUUAAAUGGUACAAUGGUAACAGAACUUAUCUAUGUUCACAGCAAAUUAAUAAUAAUAGAUGAUAACACAGUAAUAUGUGGGUCAGCUAAUAUAAAUGACAGAAGUAUGGUUGCUACAAGAGAUAGUGAGAUAGCCAUGAUAAUUCAUGUAAGUAUAUAUUUACCAUUACCAUUACAAUAAAUACUGUUUGUUGCA